UGUCAAUCAAACAUAACCUCCUUAUGACACUGGAGGGGCAAUUGGAGAAACAUGUGUAAUCGCCACUAAAUCAUAAUCAGUCACGUAUCAAGGUCUGUUCUAUUGAAUCACGGACGACUCUGAUACACAAAAUCUCAGACGUGUUUAAAUUGUGUUGAUAAGUGCAGUGCGAUACUAAAUUCAAGUGUGCGAACAAACUCGUCAGGAUGUCGUCGCAGGAUAUCUACAAGAAACAGAAAACAUGCAUGCAAAUAGCCACGAACGUCACCGAACAAAAACACCACGUAUCCAGGGCUAAAAGGGGCCAAAUAUUGGGCCAUCUGCGUGGUUUUAGGGGGUGCACUGUGUGGCUGACUGGCCUGUCUGGCGCCGGAAAGACAUCGAUUGCUUUUGAAUUGGAGGCUUAUUUGGUGUCGAGGGGCAUCCCAGCUUAUGGUCUGGAUGGGGAUAACAUGAGAACCGGCCUCAACAAAGACCUGGGAUUCUCCAAACAGGACAGGGAGGAGAAUAUUCGGAGGGUGGCUGAAGUUGCCAAGCUAUUUGCUGAUGCGGGACAAGUUUGCAUUUGCAGCUUUGUGUCUCCAUUUGCCGAAGACAGGGAGGUGGCCAGAAGGAUACAUCGUGACAAUGAUUUACCCUUUUUUGAAGUGUUUGUUGACACACCCCUUCAUGUUUGUGAGGAAAGGGACACAAAAGGGCUAUAUCAAAAAGCUAGACAAGGUGUUAUUAAAGGUUUCACUGGCAUUGAUCAACCCUAUGAGUCCCCAGAAAAUCCUGAAUUAGUUGUUAAAACAGUGGAUGCUUCAGUUGAAGAAUCAACUAUGCAAGUUGUGGAAAUGCUUCAAGAGAAUGGCAUAAUUCCUUUCACAGAUGAACCCAAUGAUGAUGUGUCAGAGUUAUUUGUCCCUGAACACAGACUGGCCUCUGCAUAUGAGGAGGCAUCAUCAUUGCCUGUUUUGGACAUUAAUGUCUUGGAUUUACAAUGGCUACAGAUUCUUAGUGAGGGCUGGGCCCACCCUCUCAAAGGUUUCAUGAGAGAAGAUCAGUUACUCCAGACGCUGCACUUCAACAAUUUGAUCGUCGACGGCAACCUCGUCAGCCAGAGCAUACCCAUAGUCCUCCCAUUAUCCGGCCACGACAAAGACCGUCUAAACGACGUGUCCGCCAUCGCCCUGCACUUCAAAAACGAAUGCUACGCCAUCCUCCGUAAGCCCGAAUUCUAUUGGCACAGGAAGGAAGAAAGAGCUGCCAGGCAGUUCGGUACGACAAACAAGGACCAUCCGUACGUUAAAAUGAUCUACGAAUCGGGCGAUUGGUUGGUGGGCGGCGAGUUGGAGGUGCUGAAACGGGUGAGGUGGAACGAUGGCCUGGACGAUUAUCGCCUAACACCGAAGGAGCUGAAAACUAGGUUCAAGCAAAUGGGGGCGGACGCUGUGUUUGCGUUCCAGCUGAGGAAUCCGAUACACAAUGGGCAUGCCCUGUUAAUGACGGACACCAGAAGGCAGCUUCAGGACAGGGGUUAUAAGAAGCCUGUGCUCUUACUUCACCCUCUAGGCGGCUGGAUCAAAGACGACGAUGUCCCACUGCCGGUGCGCAUCCAGCAACACCAGGCCGUAAUGGACGAGGGCCUGCUUGACCGCAACUCCACCGUCCUGGCCAUAUUCCCCAGCCCGAUGAACUACGCGGGCCCCACCGAGGUGCAGUGGCACGCCAAGGCCCGCAUGAACGCCGGCGCCCACUUCUACAUAGUGGGCCGCGACCCGGCCGGCGUGCCGCAUCCCGCCGGCAAGGAGGCCACCCCCGACGGCAACUUGUACGAGGUCACGCACGGCGGACGCGUGCUCAAAAUGGCACCCGGACUGAACGCGUUGGAGAUCAUACCGUUCAGGGUGGCGGCCUACGACGUGAAGAACAGGAAAAUGGACUUCUUCGAUCCGGCACGCAAAGAGGAUUUUGAUUUUAUAUCGGGCACUAAGAUGAGGGGUCUGGCGAGAAGUGGGGAGUUGCCGCCGGAUGGGUUUAUGGCACCCAAAGCUUGGGAAGUAUUAGCUGGGUAUUAUCAAUCACUGAAUAAGUGUUAAAAUGGCUUUAAUCUAUGGUGAAUUGGUGUUUAAAUGUUACUGUUCUUAAUUAAGUAGGUACAUAACUAAAAAUACUCAUUUAAAACAAUCUGUACAGCAGUGCAUCAAUCAAAUAAAUAGGAUGAUAAAGAAGUAACAACAGAUCACUAAAUAAGCUAAUUUUGAAUUACAUACACGUUAUGAAAAGAAGAGAAAUUGAUCAAAGUUCCACUAAUCACUCUAAAAAUUGAUAACCAAUUAUAUAAACACUCACGUGUAGUUUAUGCCAAAGUAAACAAUGGUUGUGAUAACAUUGUAAUUAUAAAUGUACUUAGUACUUAUUAUACAAUAAUAAUGUAUUAAUUUAUAUAGAAACCUUGUGUAUAUACUUUUUAUUCCGGAUUAAUAUACUAAUAAGGCUCCUAAAUACAUUUUUAACAUAGUAAAAUUAAACUACUUGAAAGAUAUUUAUACAAUAUACAUAUUUUUUCCAAUAAGAAUUCUUUUGGAAAUAAAAUUGGUGCCUGAGGUACACAUGUUUGUUUCUUCUCUUUAUUAACAUUGUUAUCAUUUUCUCUGAACAAACAUUUACUUCAUUUGUGUCAAAAUAAUUUGUUUAAAAUGAACAAAUAAUAACAUAACAUGUAAUGCUGAAAAGGAAUAUUUGUAUUGCCUACUUAAUUAAUGAAUACCAUAUUCAAAAAUUGAGUAACUUUAUUAUAUAAAGUUGAUGUGCAUCAUAUAUCAAUGUAUAUCUGAAUAAUAUGAAUUUAGGUUUGUUACCUUCCUUUUAGUUGUUAUUCCAGCACCUACUGGGUAAAUAAUUGCUAUCAUUCCUAAGUAUGCUCAAAUUGCUAAAUACCAUUAACAUAUUAUAUAAAAUAUUAUUUAAAUACAUACAUAAAUAGGACAAUAUUUUAUUGGAAUUGAAGAUACUGUAUAAUACUUUGGGCUCAGCGUCACUUUGUGUAAUUUUUAUUUGCUUUAAGUAUAUCUACAUAUUUUUAUACAUUUAUUUAUAAUAUUUUACUUUUACAUAUUAUAUUAUAAUUAAAUUAUUAUAUUUAAAAUUAUGCUUGUUGUGUUUAAAAUAAAUUUUAUUAUAUUUUUUUGAAA